CUUUGAUACUGACAAAUCUGACAAUUGACAAAGCAAUAUCACAAAAAAUUAAAAAAUAAACAGGAGGUCCUUAUUUAUUAGUAAAGUGUAUGUAUUUAAAACAUGAACGAGAAAAAACACAACCCUUUGGACCUUGACGGUCCUAAUUUUAACCCCAAUAUGUACCUAGACAAAAUCUUUAAGGAAUAUUCUUUAAAACAAAUAUUGGAUCAUGAAACUGAAAUAGUAAAGGACACCCAAACUUUACACUCAGAUAUGCAAACACUAGUUUAUGAAAAUUACAAUAAAUUUAUAUCGGCAACGGACACCAUUAAAAAAAUGAAGAACGAUUUUAAAAAAAUGGAGACCGAAAUGGAUUUAUUAGCUUCGAACAUGGCUUCAAUCACAUCAUCUUCAGACCAAAUAAACAAUACCCUGCACGAAACAAGGCAGAGAAUAAGCGAACUUUCCGGGGUGCACGCUUUACUCCAGAAAUUACAAUUUCUUUUUAAAUUACCCACCACUCUUAAGGCUAGAAUGGAAGAAAAGAGCUACAUACAGGCAACCCAAGAUUACUUACACGCCCAACGAGUGUUGCAACAAUACGGAGAUAUGCCUUCGUUCCAAGGAAUUAAAAGCGACUGCGAAUCGAUUUUAACCGAGCUGAAAGCGGAGUUAAGGAAACAAUUUUGCAACCCCAAUGCCUCGGCCAAGGAGCUGACGGAAUCCGUAGAUUUAUUACUGAAAUUAAACGAACCUGCCAAGGAGCUAUGCAUGGAAUUCCUGACUUGCGCGGAGAAACGCCUGGCUGAACAGCUGGUGAUGUUGAAGGACCAAAGCGAACAACGGGACAUCAUCGAGUUUGUGGAUUUAGGUUGUUCGGGAUUCUUGAGCGAUUUGUGCCUUAUCGUCGCAUCAUUUCAUGAUAUGUUUAUUAAUAGAGUGCACAUGGAGCAUUUAGAAAAUAGUGAUAUAUUUGAAAAUUUUGCUGCGGUCGAAUUGGAUAAUUUUGUGAAAGACAACAUGAAGAAAUACUUUGAACUGGUGCAAAAUAAAGUUGAUUCCGAGCAAGAUGUUGGUGAUACUUCCGUAUUAGUUCAAGCACUCGAUAGAUUUUACAAAAGAAUCGAAAGUAACACGUUAUGCAAAGACAUAGAUUUCGCGAAUGUUGCCGCUGAAAUAGUGAUUAACGCAGGAAGGAAGCAAUGUAAAGCGCAUUUGCAAAUAUUGAAAAUGCAUUUUGCGGACUCUUUAACGAAAAUCAGGCAAUCUUUAACGACUACUAAAUUGAUUACCCAAGAUGAACCCCCUAAGAAUCUCAACGAUUUACUCAAUUCAUUGGUUCUUACAGUCGUGGAGAAAGUUAAAGGAGUUUUACAGGAUUUAGUAGUGUUUCUUCAACCGGAUAUAAAUUUCGCCAACAAACCCCAGUUCAAAGACAGUUUCUGCAUAGAUAACGUUAGGGAAGGCCUAGUGGUGUGUUUCCUCCACCAUUUAACAGCAACAGCCAGAAGUUUCUGCGCUAAAGGGGCUUCAGAUCCGAAUGUUCCACCUACUUUACUACUUUUAUUAUCCAAAUUUUGCAUCGAUUUCCAAAACGGACACGUACACCUAUUGUUAUCGCAAACUGACGAAUUAUUCGAAAUCAACCCCAAGCAAAAUUCCGCUCUAACGUACGAAACCGAAAUCAAUAACACGAUGCAAGAAUCGGCGCAGGAGUUGCUGAAUUACUUCGUCAGAAUACAGGGUUUAAACUGUUCACAGAUGUUGAGAAAAAGCGUGGAAACGAGAGAUUGGCUGCAUACAAUCGAACCGAGGACAGUAAGAGCUGUGAUGAAGAGAGUUGUGGAUGAUAUAUCUUCCAUAGAUUCCACUGUGGCUCAAUUGUACGAAGAUCAAGGGAACGGUACCGAGCACAGCAGCGAUUCCAGUCGUAAAGCCCACAGCGUGUCGCUUCCUAGACACCAAUAUCGCUCGAAUUGGUCCAAUUACGCUCCGAAUCCGUUAGAUUCUGCUUUGGUUUCGAACAUGCACAGGUUAUUCAGCGAAAGAAUCGAUAUAUUUUCCUCGGUGCAAUUUAACAAAAUCUCAAUAUUGACCGGAAUCAUUAAAAUUAGCUUAAAGACUUUCAUGGAAUGCGUACGUUUGAAAACGUUCAGCAAGUACGGGCUGCAGCAAAUUCAAGUCGACACGCACUAUUUGCAGUUGUAUCUUUGGCGAUUCGUAUCCGACGAAAACUUAGUACACUUUCUGUUGGACGAAAUCCUGGGCUCGGCUGCGCACCGGUGUCUCGAACCAGUUCUGAUGGAGCCCAGCGUGGUCGAUAUAAUUUGCGAACGAGGAUAGAUUAGUGUGAGUUAUAAAUUGUGCAUUGAUUAUUUAAAUAAACGUCUUAAGUUCC